AGCUGAAGCGCCGAAUCUUGGCGUUUGCGGGGCUGUGGUCAGUGGUCCGCCGUGCUCUUGGCCCGGUUCCCCAAAGCCUUUUCGCUGGUGUUGCCGCUGCCGUUGCCGCCGCCGCCGCCGCCACCUCCACCCCGAGCAGCCGCCGCCGCCUCCUGCUUUGCGGAAUCAUGGUGUGCUUCCGCCUCUCCCCGGUUCCGGGCUCGGGGCUCGUUCUGCUCUGCCUUGUCCUGGGAGCAGUCUCAUCUUAUGCCUUGGAACUUAAUGUGACAGACUCAGAAAAAGCCACUUGCCUUUAUGCAAAAUGGCAGAUGAAUUUCACAAUACGCUAUGAGACCACAAGCAAAACUUAUAAAACUGUAACCAUUUCAGACUUUAGCACUGCAACAUAUAAUGGAAGCAUUUGUGGGGAUGGCCAGAACAAUCCCAAAAUAGCGGUGCAGUUUGGAUCUGGUUUUUCCUGGACUGUGAAUUUUACAAAGGAGGCGUCUACUUACUCAAUUGAUGGCAUCUCGUUUUCCUACAACAUUAGCGAUAACACGACAUUUCCUGAUGCUAAAGAUAAAGGAAUUGUGACCGUCCAUGACGCUGUGGGAUUCAGAAUUCCUUUGAACAACAUCUUCAGAUGCAAUAGUUUAUCAACUUUAGAGAAGAAUGGUGUCGUCCAGUCCUAUUGGGAUGUUCACGUACAGGCUUUUGUCCAGAACGGCACAGUGAGCACAAAAGAGUUUCUGUGUGAAAAAGAUAAAACUAUAACCACUGUGGUGCCCAUCGUCCCCACCACUGCACCAUCUCCUACUACAACACCCACUCCGAAGGAAAAACCAGAGGUGGGGUCCUACUCGGUUAAUAAUAGCAAUGGUACUUGCCUUCUGGCUACCAUGGGGCUGCAGCUGAACUUCACUCACGAUAAGGUUGUUUCAGUUAUUAACAUCAACCCCAAUACGACUGACUUCACCGGGAGCUGUCAGCCUCAGACUGCCCUUCUUAGGCUGAACUGCAGCAACAUCAAGUAUCUUGACUUUGUCUUCGCUGUGAAAAAUGAAAACCGAUUCUAUCUGAAGGAAGUGAAUGUCAGCAUGUACUUGGUUAAUGGCUCCGUUUUUAGCAUCGCAAAUAACAAUCUGAGCUACUGGGAUGCCCCCCUGGGAAGUUCUUACAUGUGCAACAAAGAGCAGACUGUUUCAGUGUCUGGAGCAUUUCAGAUAAAUACCUUUGAUCUAAGGGUUCAGCCUUUCAAUGUGAUGGAAGGAAAAUAUUCUACAGCCCAGGAGUGUUCGCUGGAUGAUGACACCAUUCUAAUACCAAUUAUAGUUGGUGCUGGUCUUUCAGGCUUGAUUAUCGUUAUAGUGAUUGCUUACGUAAUUGGCAGAAGAAAAAGCUAUGCCGGAUAUCAGACUCUGUAAUACUAAUCCAUACGUGAUCUCUGUUAUAAAAUAAUAAAGCAAGUACAAGUUCCAACAUGCAAUACUGUUCAAUUUCAGGUAUAUUUAGUUGUAAUUCUGAUUUUAGAGUGGAUGGUGUGGGGGAUUUCAAACUUACAUAAAUAAAAACACUCUAAAAACUAUAAACUACAAAUUAGUCACAUGAUUUUGGUUUCCCCAACCAAGGAAUUUAAAACUGUUAUUUCUACGGCAAAAAGCAUGUGUAAAAUCACCUGAUUAUUGGUUCUAUUCUAUUAUCCUGAAUUUAGUAUUUCAGUGUUUUCACUUUAUGUAUUCUGACUGGAAAUACACAGUUUAGGAAAAACAGUUUUCAAAAAGAGCUUUUUUUUUUUUUUCCCUGCAUGUAGUCAAAAUUGAGACCGUGCAUCCUAUAGUGGAUUUGUACUUGCUCCUUUUGUACUUUUUUGUGAUUUUGUUUGCAGGUUAACUUAGCUACUUUGGCAUUGCUGCAUAUUUGAACUAUGAGAGAUAUGCCAGUAGAUUUGAACAGAGUCUAGUAUUAUGUUCUUAGCAAUGAAUGCUUUUCUAAUGCCUUUUGAAUAUACUUGUAUUUAAUGUGGCUGUAAUGACAAAAGGUACAAAAGCUGUAUACAUUUUGGAAUAGGUGUUAAUCUUCUUGUUUAAUCCUUUUUAAAAAAAAAAACUGGAUUUUUCAGUCUUUUAAAUGGCAAGACACAAGACUAUUCCAACUGGGCAUUUCAAUCCAUUUUCUAGGUGCUUUAGAGAUAAUUGCUAGGCCGUGCCAAUUUGGGGCAUUAGUCCUUUGUACCUGUAAAUUGGCCUCUACGUACACUGCUAAAAUGAAUGUAGUUUCUCUUUAGCUUUGCAGUAUCCUUGUUGGUGGUAGUAUGUUAUGUUCUUUUCUUGUGUUUUUUUUUUUUCUUUUUCUUCUUUCUUUUUCCUUUCCUUUCCUUUCCUUUCUCUUCCUUUUCUCUCCUUUCCUUUUCUCUUAAGAAAUGCCAGGAUGUCCUAGAACCUAGGUAAAGAAGUGCACUUAGACUUAGCAAGUAACUUGCACCUAACCCAAAAGUCUUGGUCUUCUCUUAGUCCAUUAAAAAGUUGUUCUUUGUUUCCAGCUUGCAUUGAUAUUUACAACAUUUACUAAUUUGGCUUUCACAUUUAAAUAGUUCUGUGCUAAUCAAAACUUAACAUUAUUGUUCAUUAUGCUAGAAUCAUUAUUAAUUCAUGUACUUUGUGUUCGGUUUUGUGCUCUGGGGAGAUGCACCAAUUGUCCAUUUACCGUGCACCACCUAAUGUUUAUAUGAGAAAGCAAAACAUUUCAGCUUGAUAGUUAACACGUCAAGUAUUUCUCGCUGCUUCCAGAUCCUUUUUUUUUUUUUGGUAUUGGAAUGGCUAAGUAAAUAUUAAAGAGUUGUUAGUAUGCAGCCAUAUAUGGAAGCUUCUUGUGUUUUUGGGGUGGGAGAAGACGUGCCCCCUUAUUCACUAGAAAAUGGGACAUCUGGGUUCCAAACUAUUAUUGAUGUUGAACUAAUUUGGUAGUCUAGCUCUACACACCACGCACACACUGAGGCAAUUGCCUGUUAGCAUGUGUAUGUCUGUAAGUAUCUUUCGAGUUAUACUGGAGUGGUAAAUAUUUUCUCCCACUUAAAUUUGCCCUCUGCUUAGAGUAGCCUGAAACUCUUACUGGCUCAGAAUCAGAUUCUUGACCAGCCUCUCCCUUAAGGCUGCAUUGAGCUGCAUUGCCAGCUUAAGGCACUUUUUGAGGACUAAAUAUAAAUCUGAUUUUUAAAACUUAUUUUUUACUUAAAUAGUGUUCUAGUGUGGGAUUGUUAACCUUAUAUGAAUGGAUAAUGCUUAUAAGAAAAUAGACAUUAGAUACUUCUCGUGAGUCAAAACAAAGCAGCUUUUUUAAUUUGGAAAAUAAAAAUUGGAAGCACAAGUGGGUGGCACGAGCUUAAUGCUGUUAAUGUUUCUAAAAGUUUUUACAUUUAGAUUAUAUACCUAAUUCCUAUUAAAAUACCUCUAAUUAGCACUGUUUUAUAGAAAAUCUGACUUCAUUGAAUAUUUUUGUAUUUUACAUGGGCCAGUUUAUAAACUCUUAUUUACACUAUUAUUUCCUAUAGCCACAUGUUCUUUGUACCUUUUGUAGUUUUGUUCGUUUUACUGGGUUUACACUUUGAUGGUCUAACAUUGCUAUUUGGUUCUGGGUGUUUUUCAUGUUUUAGCAUUUGUAUAAAGAAACUGGUCCAUGUAAAUACUUUUCAUGUGUUUUCUUUUUUUCAAAUGUUUAAACCACUAGUCGAUGUAUGGUGUUUCUCUUUAGAUAUUUGCCUGUCCAUUUGCUCAACAUAUUGCUUCUAAAACAAACAAUAAAGAUUCUUUUAUUUCUUAAGGAA